AUGGUUGAGCUGCUUGUAAUUGUAACCAUGGCUUUCAUAUACCAUCUUCUCUUAAUGUUACUCUGCAUUUUCACUGCAGAAUCUGCAGACCCAUCUGGCCAGUAUUGCAAUGAAAACACCAAUAUCACUCGUCAAAUAUCAGCAAAUAUUGAUACCUUGUUAGCUAAACUGGUUCAGAGCACUGCCCAAAAUGGAUUCACUGCUACUUCCUAUGGUAAAGCUGAAUCCCAAGUCUAUGGCCUGGCACAAUGUAGAGGGGACGUGAGCACCAAAGACUGCUCAGACUGCAUCAACGAAGCAGCAACAGAAAUCCGAAAAGGUUGUCCAAACGAAGCCGAUGCCAGGAUUUGGUACGAGUAUUGCUUCCUAAGGUAUACCACAGAAGAUUUCUUCGGGGUCGUCGACACGGGUUUUGGUAUUUACUACUACAAUGUCAAUAAUGUGACAGACCCUGAAACUUUCAACAAACAACUUGGAGCCCUGAUGGAUAAUAUUAGUUCAGAAGCCGUUGUGCCUGCAAACAAAGGGCUUGGGAAAGGAAAGACUACACUGUCACCUUUUUUAACACUUUAUGCCUUGGUGCAAUGCACAAGGGACCUAUCGCCACUAUCUUGUGCUCAGUGUCUGGCCAUAGCCGUUGGCAACUUCCCCAACUUCUGCGACAAUCGGAGGGGGUGUCGGGUUCUAUACAGCAGUUGUUAUGUCCGAUAUGAGCUCUAUCCUUUUUAUUUUCCUCUUGAUAAGCAAGACACCUCAGUCGAUACUUCAAUGGCCAGUUAUAUAUCCGUUGUUUCUAAGCCUUAGUCGGUGUCGUGUCAGAUUAGUUUGCAACAAAAU